CUUUGCCCUCACAGCCUCAUCGUGCCUUGUUUCCUUGAGGCCCUCGCUCUCGACGCCCACAGACACAAACGACAAGCCAUCGUCAGCUCUGGGAUCUUCUCCAGCCGCCCACGCUCUCUCCCUUGCAUUGCUUCUAGGCUACUCAUCACGCAUAUACCCACGCUCGUCAGCAAUACCGCCUUGAUCAACACCACUCUCAGACAUCCAAUCACAAGGCCUCACCCAGCCCCUGAAGCGCCUCAUCACUAUCCUCGUCGACAGAUUGCUACUGAAGCUCAUACAAAAGUGGCUCUUCCAGAACUCUGAUACCUCGUCAAGGGGGCCAGGUCCCUCCUAGCAAGAUGACCACCCUCUUUUCACGCCGUCCAGGGAAGAGUGGUCGCUUCGCCGCCCUACGAAGUGUGUCCACCAGCGCCAAGAAGGACACCUCUCCCUCUCUGAAGGCCGAGCCCUUUGGGGCUGCUGUAUCCAACACGGACUUGCCUCAAUCGCGAGAUGAUGAGUUUCUCAAUGUACAGAGCCGCGCAAGUACUGAUGCUAGAACGCUCGAAGAGGCGCAGAUAGUUGAGCAAACAGCGAUACCGCCUGUCCCCUCCAAGGGCAAUCUGAGGAUGAUGACCGAUCGCCAAGCUCUCCAGUCUAAAAGUUUGCCGACCCAACCCAUGGCUUCCUCACGCCAAGAUGGCCUGGCGGACGACUUUGGACGAAUGAUGCCCUCGGCUUCGGCUACAGGGAGGAACGGUGUCUCCACUCUUCCCCUUCGCAACGAGCGCAAUGGAGCCUGGCCAGCUGGAGAAUCCAGUGGUACCGGAGCCGUGAGACGAGCCUCGCAUCGUCGUCUGGCAGCUGAUCUACCGCUGCCACCUUCUAGCGUCACUGGGGCGGGAGGGACAUCGGGAGCCGCUCAUGGCAAGGAGGCCUUCCCAUAUGGAUAUACGCAUGAAGGGUGGGAGACUGAGAUGACGCUGCAGUCCGCUCACAAGAUUGUAGAGCUCUGCGCGAAAGAGAUCAGGGAAAGAGGUCUGGACUGUCCCCUCAUCUUCACAUCAAUGGCUCUGGAUCUUUCCACGGGAGGCGCCGGACUGCUGCUCAAAGCUCUUGCAAGCUCGGACCUCUCUGAUAUCGCGAACAGUGCCAUCAGUGAAGAAGUACGCUUCGCUAACCCGCAUGAUCUUGCUGCUUUGCUCAAGUGGACUCUGGCCAGGCUAGGCCGCUUCUAUGCCGUGCCUGUGCCGAGUACGGCGUCUGCAAAGAAGGGAGAGACGAGCGAAGAUGUCGUCGUCGUCCAACAAAGAGGUUGGCUGGACCUAGACCUGUAUCUGCAUUGGCGGGAGGAAGAAAAGCUGGCUGAGCAUCCAUGGACAGCGUUCCGAUACUUUGUCGAGCAGAUCGACGAAGAGUCUAUCCACCUUCUCCUCAGCCUCUUCUCGCUGCUGUCAUCCACUUGCUCUUACAGUCUCAAGAACGGUAUGACGCCCUCGAAGCUAGCCCGACACUUUGGUGUUGUCUUGUUUGGUCUUCCUGAGGACGAAACCUUUGCCAGAACAUACGAUGCAUACAAUCGCGCCAGCAAUGCUACCGAGCACCUACUUCUUGCCUACAUCCGCAACCUUGCGACGUACGAGGUCUUGCCAGUGCGGCUAAUGUCACACGUCGAAGGCUACCCCCAAAUUCUAUCCAGCGAUUUCAGCACACCACCCAGACACGUACGACAAGUACCCUAUACCCACAUCGAACGACAAGUUCGACUGUACUCGCAGGAUCUGAUACAGUCUGCCAGCGAGAUUGAUGUUGCCUGGCUGUCGCCUGAGUGGGAGGCAUGCUGCUCUGCCAGCGACUACCAUGGCAAGCACCCACAGUUCUCUGACCGAUACAGGAAGCUGAUCAAUGUCAAGAAUGGAUCGCAGCAACCCCGCGACGCAACGCCUUCCGCUCUGAGUCCUCCUUCGAGCCAAGCAAUGCUGCACACGAAAAGUCAGACUGACGACCCGGCCUUCUACGGGACGAUUGCACAGGAAGAGUGGGGCCAAUUCAUGAACGAUGGCUUUACCAGCACGGACCGAUCUAAGCUUAGCUUUGAUCUUCAUGAGAGCGAAAGGAAAGCACGCACCGAGAAGCGGAGCACAGUCCUGUGGUCUGAGUUCACCGAUGUUGGCUUUGGAGACGCUGACAGAAGUUCGCUCGAUGCCAUUCUCAGCUUCGAUGAUGGUCUCAAGAAGGACGUCACGCGCUGGCCUAGCGAGCGAGCCGAAUUAUUGGCCAAGCUACGUGACACUGCAUCGAACAUGCCGCCGUUCGCGUAUGACACUGCCCCCAAAGUCAUCAGUCGACCUUCGACUACCGACGAGUACCAUGUUGGCCAGAGAGGAGAGAGAUUGGCUGGCCAGAUGGACGAGGUGUUCGCUGAGGUCUGGGCGGACUACCUGAUAGGCAAUGGCUGGUCCAACCGCGACGAGCUCACGCAUCGAUCUGCGAAUUUCGUCGUUGUGCAGUACAAGAGUCGGCCAAACGAAUUCACUGUCAGCGCUCAGGGAAGCGGGACUUCUCAGGUGGCCAACGCGCUCGCUCCCCUGCAGGCCGGACUAGACGCCGAUAUCCCAGCAGAUGACCGCACUGAAGCUGCGUGGUUCGUUGUUCAGGAGAUCGUCCCCAGUGGUUACCGAGCCGAGCUCGAAGCUGUUGGAAAGGCGAAGAGCAGGAGUCGACCGUCGAUGAGGAACCUCAACGUCUUCCGGAAGAUGAGGAAGGAUCGCAGUGCCUCGGGAUCUGCACCAGUGCACAAGGCUCAGAACAUCGAUGAGGAUGCUAGCAACCUCUUCCCUCCUGGCACCAAGAAGAUCAGUCUCGGCAUGGAUCCUGCAAUGAUGUCAGACCCUUCGACUUCUGUCGAGCUGAAGAGGACCAAUACCUCUGCGAAACGCCGUAGUGGCCAGCAUAGCAGGGAUGGAAGCAAAGUCUCUCUUUUCAGCACACCCCUCGUGCCGGAGCGGGACAACGACUUGCCUCGGGCCGAGAAGGAGCCUUCUCCACAGCAUAGUAGCGCCAGCAAGUUCGUCUCCGCCGUGCGGAAGAAGACUUUGCGCCGUAGCAAUCAGCAUGAGCAUAUGAGUAGCAAUGAGCAAGAAGAUCCGCCUGCCGCACCCUCGCCACCAUCGAAGGUCGAAGGCGGUCUGGCAGUCCCUGCGCAGACCCAAAGUGCCCAAAAGUCUCAGAAUGGAGGCUUCCCGACUUCUACUAGCGGUGCAUCCUUCUGCUCCGCGGACUACGAGGCUCGCAGCGUGAUAGACUCGGGAGACGAGCGUGAGGACGCUGCUAAGCCGAUGGGCAGGAGGAGAAGCUUGCUACGGCAUCUUGCCAAGCAUGGUAGCAGGGACGAGCACUGGGUAGACAUUGUCACGAAGAGUCCAGCUGUAGCAGCGGAAGAGGAUGCACAGCUGACGCCGCCAGCGACUCGGGAGAGUGACAGGCUAUCAGCGCGUGAGCAACUGUCUAGAGAGCCUUCGCCCCGACCAUCACCACGGAUGUCCGAGGCCGCUGCUGUCCCACUGACUACAACUCAGGAAUAUCCCUCUACUGGAGGCUCACAUACCGCAGACUCGUCCGCAGAUACAACAAAUCAAGACGCAAACGUGACAAGCUUACCUCUGAGGGUCGACGAACCUCUCGACGUUCUCCCGGCCCCACCGCUCAAACUGACCGCUGCCAAAUCACCUGCGGCGAUCGAGAAGGACACAUCGCCACCUGUGAUUGUCGCAGACCGAUCGAUCCUCAAGCCAGUCGCUACUGAUGCUCAGAUCCGGGAACAGCGCAUCUCGGCAGCCCAAGCUCGGGCUAGGGAGUUGCGAGCCAAAUUGCAGCCCGUGGAUGCUAGAAAGGCCCAACAGCAAGCAGCGUCAGAAAGUGCCACCGUGGCGGAUGGCAGCGCAAGUACCACUUCUACUCGAGUCGUGUCCAAGGGGAAGCUAGACCCCUUCGCAAAGAAUCCUACCAGUGGGAAAGUGGCUAGCAUCGCCGCUCGGUUUGGAGCAGCUCCUGGCACUCCACCUGCAUCGGCAACUUCUCCCUCCACCUCAGCCACAACGACGGCGAAGGUGGGUAGCCUGUCUCCUAACUCGACACCUCACACGUUCGGCGAACGGUCUCCCUCUCCUCUCAGUCUGGCCAGAUUCGUCGAUCAACAAGGAGGUGCCUCUCCAUUGGUGAGCGGCAUGGUCGACCCGAACGUGCCUCCCUCCCCUCGUCGGCCCGAAUCCAUGAUCGGCAGUGCGAUGAUGGGCGACACAGAAUCUAUUGCUCCAGAUGACGCUGCCUCCAAUUACUCGCGAUCGACCGAAGAAGGAGCUGGUCUGCCCUAUGGGAGCUACGACAAGUCUCACACUAACCUCAAUGGUGGCGGUCGACCUUCGAUCGAGGAGGAGUCGCAAGUGUUCGAGCAGCGCUUGCUUGGUGAGAGGGAAAGGGAGAGGGAGCUAGAGCUGGAGUUGCAGGAGAGCGGAGAUGCUUUUAGUCCGCUGACGGGGCGCUUCAGAGAGCCUUACCAGCCUGGACAACCAUUGGAGAAUUUGCAGGAGGAGAGCGAGAGCAUGCUGAGCGGGAGCCACUGAGCGGGGUGGCAUAAAGCGCGGGCGCUUCCCGUUACGACAUCCUCUGCAAGUGCCCCCUGAGUCUGGUGGAGGAGCCUAUCCACACACACAAUCUUUACCUUUAUCACCCUCACCUGACCUCAUCUCACCAUUUGUCUAUUCUGUCUUACCAAAAGGUAGUGCCUUGCUCUCCUUCUCAUUUCGCCUUCUCCACCCUCCUUGUCCUUGUCUAUACUCCCUAGCCUGCUCUGCUAGCUCUCCAUUACCCACAGUCGUCACUUGUCGAAUGAAUGCGAUACCCCUCACAAUGAGCAUUGGUGCGAGAAAGAGGGAGCACAAAGGUGAGGGUUGAUCUGUAUGAUUUCAUAAACACGCGCUAGAAUACAUCAAGAAG